ACACACACUAACGUAGCCUGAAUCAGCAACAACAGCACACACAUCCAGCCAUCAUCCAGUUGUUCCAGUUGCCAAGAUGGCACGUCAUCAACAGACAGAUGUCGAUGAAUUAUUUGACGUUAAAAAUCAUUUUUACAUUGGUAAUUAUCAACAAUGUAUAAAUGAAGCACAAAAACUCAAGGCUCAUUCAGAAGAUGUUGCUCUGGAACGUGAUGUAUUUUUAUAUCGUGCAUAUAUUGCACAGAGAAAAUUUCGUGUUGUUCUUGAUGAAAUAAAUAGAUCAUCACCAGCUGAAUUACAACCAUUAAAAAUACUUGCUGAAUAUUUUGCAGCACCAAAUAGUCGUGAAGCAAUUGUUGCUGAUCUUGAUAAUGCAACAAUAACUGGUAAUCAUAAUUAUAUGAUUGUUUCAGCAACAAUAUAUUAUCAUGAAAAAAAUCUUGAAGCAGCAUUACGUGCAUUAACUGAUUCUGAUCAUCUUGAAUGUAUGGCAUUGAGUUUACAAAUUUUUUUAAAAAUGGAUAGACUUGAUAUGGCAAGAAGAGCCAUGAAAAUGAUGCAGGAAAAAGAUGAUGAUGCAACAUUAACACAAUUAGCUCAAGCUUGGGUCAAUAUAAGUGCUGGUGGUGAUAAACUACAGGAUGCUUACUAUAUAUUUCAGGAAAUGAUUGAUAAACAUUCAAGUACAAGUAUGUUGUUAAAUGGACAAGCAACAUGCUUCAUUGGUCAAGCUAAAUAUGAAGAAGCUGAAAGUGCACUUCAAGAAUCACUUGAUAAAGAUAGCAAUAAUCCAGAUACACUUAUUAACAUGAUUGUUUUAUCACAACAUAUGGGAAAACCACCAGAAGUUGCUAAUCGUUAUUUGAGUCAAUUAAAACACUCAAAUUUAGAUCAUCCAUUUGUCAAAGAAUAUUUACAAAAAGAAUUCGAAUUCCAGAGACUCCAAAAUCAGUACUCAUUGUCAGCUUAAACAAAAACUAGUAACUUUUUUUUUUUUUUUUUAUUUUUCUCUCCAUCAUUCGAUUGAAUUUAUAAUGAAAUCAUUCCGUCGAGUAAUUAUUAAAUAUUAUUAAACAAGUAAUAAAAUUAACGAAGAAAAAAAAAAUUAUUAUUAAUAACAAUUACUGCCAUUUUGUAAUGAAUUUUACAAGAUAGAAGUAAAUAUUUACAGGUAUUUUGCCAUUUGAUACCUUUUAGAUAACUUGUUGUAUUCAUGUAAAAUUUCCAUAAUAAUAAUGAUGAUUUAUCAAAGAUUUGUUAACGUAACGUGAUGAAUAUAAUUUAAAAAAUUAACAAACCAAUAAAUAGAUUAUCGAAUUAUAUUUAUUAAGGCCAGCAAGAUGUUGUUGAUUUUUUUUUAUUUCAAUUUAAAAUUUUAUUUAUAUGUAAGAUUUGGUUUCAAGUAUUUUUUUUUUUAACUUGCUGUUGAGUUUAGCCAGAUUGAUAAAAAAUAAAUCAUCAAAAUGUCAUUUAAAAGAGGAUCAAAGUAGUUUACUACUGUGUUAAUUGAAUAAUAAAAAAAAGAAAUAAUAGUUUUGUCAUUUACGUAAAGCUUUAAAGUCAAGACUAUUUGUUGACUUUUGAUUUU